AUGGAGUCGCUCGUGGACGUCACCACGACAGCCUUCGAGGCCAUCCUGGGGGUCUGCGUCGUUUUCGGCGCUGGAUACGCUUACAAUUCGAAGUUGGACAGCGGAUCAGGCAAGACACUCCGAGGGAUCUCGAGAAGAAUCUUGCUUCCAGCACUCAUGUUUGUGACUUUUGCUGCUUCAGGGAAUCUGACAUGGAGAAGGAUACUGCAGUGUGAGCGGAGUUCCGCUAAUCCGCAAGAACGUGCUAAAUCUGCAGUAUGGCCGACCGUAGUUAUCGCACUGGCUGCUCAUGUGCCCUCUAUCGCCUUCGGACUGAUAUGUAGCCGUCUUGGCUCAGCUCCGACAUGGCUCACUGAGUCACUGAUAUUCAAUAACUCGGAGACCACACUCGGACACCUACGGUGGAGAAGUAUGGACACGGUACCUCACGUACUCCAGAGAGCGAACGAGUAUAUCCUCGUCAACCUCGUCGUGACGGAGCUGGCAAGAUCGGUGAUACGUAUCUUCCUGCCGAGGCUUCAAGCCGCAGCCCGAGCGCCCAUUCGGAUCGACGAAAGGCAGGACGACGACUCGGACGAUGAUGCCAGCUCCGACAUCGAAGAUCCGACGGAACGUACACCUCUGGUACCUUCUUCGACAGCUAGCGAGAGAGCCACAGCUCAGUCUUCGCUGACCUACCUGUCUCCCGUCCUGAUCGCCUCGGCACUGGGCCUGCUCAUCUGCCUCAUCAACCCCAUACAGCACGCCAUCAUCGGCCACAACGUUCGAGAAGGCGACUUUACCGGUUCAUGGCGGAGCAUCGGUUUCGGCCUGUCGGUUCUUGGAGCAAGUUUUGCGGUCGUCGACUUGCUCGCUGACGGUAUGAAUGCUCGAGCCGGAGAGAAAAAGGCGGACGAAGAGAAGGUCCCCCCUACACUCGGCACCACCCUCGUCAUCGUCUUCUGGCGCUUCAUCGCGGUUCCCGCCAUCGUACUUGGUAUCGUGUACGGCUUCAGGAAGAUCCCAUCUACGACAGCGUACCUCCAAGACCCGGUCUUCUCGUUCGUCCUCGUUCUUGUCAGCAUCUCGCCUCCAUCCCUCCCCCCCGCGCUGGACCCAUACCGCUCUGCCGUCCACAUUGCAUCCUUCUACACCUCUCUUAUCGCCGCCUUGCCCCUCGCUAUCGGCCUCAUGGUCUCCGGCCGCGGCGUGUCCCGUUCGGUCGACUUCGAUCUCGCCGAGGCCCUGAAGCGGGCUGGUGGCGGCGGACUGGCCGGUGCACUGGCCAUGAUCCUACAGGUCCUCACUUUGAUGCCGCUGAGGACGAUCAUGAACUACCAAUAUCGAUACGGUGGAACAAUCAAGGAGUCUGUCCGGAAUCUGUACCACGAUGGCGGAUGGAAGCGAUACUAUGCGGGUCUCGGCGCUGCUCUGUUCCAAGGCCCACUCGCUCGGUUCGGCGACACUGCAGCCAACGCUGGCAUCCUUGCACUUCUCGCUUCCUUCACUUGGCCGGUCCUCAUCAAGACCCUCGCUGCCUCGCUCGCGUCCGCCACGUUCCGCAUGACCCUUACGCCUAUCGACACCCUGAAGACGACUCAGCAGACACGGGGUGGUCGGGCCGGACUCAAGCUGCUUCGAGACAGGAUCAAGGAGAAUGGCGUGCAGUGCCUUUGGUGGGGCGCUUUGGCUACCGCUGCUGCCACGUUCGUGGGCCACUACCCCUGGUUCGGGACGUACAAUUGGCUCUCGUCCACCUUACCUCAACCCAACAACAUCUUCCAGAAACUCGCUCGACAGGCAUUUAUCGGUUUUGCGGCCAGUGUCGCGUCCGACACGAUCAGCAAUUCGCUCCGGGUAGUCAAGACGUACCGUCAGGUGCACGAGAAGGACGUUGGAUACUUCACUGCGGCCAGGGAGAUUAUCGCGUCCGAGGGCUUGUUGGCGCUGUUCGGACGCGGACUGCCCGUUCGGCUCGCCACCAACGGUCUGCAGGGUAUCUUGUUCAGUAUCUUGUGGAGGCUGUUCACCGAUAUGUGA